AUGACUCUGCUGGUCCUGCUGACGCUGAGCAGCAGGCUGUUCUCUGACCACGCUGCAACAUGGUACAACUCCUCCCAGGUUGGGAGGAGAGUUUCUGCUGUGGCUGUUGUUGCUGUACAGAGUGAACACAGGUUGGGAGGAGAGUUUCUGCUGUGGCUGUUGUUGCUGUACAGAGUGAACACAGUGACCUGCCAGGGUAAAAUCGAAGGAUUCAUCGGCGACACUGUCCUGCUGCCCUGCAUCUACAGGGAGGUCCACCUUCUACCAGACCCUGUCACCGUCUUCUGGAGGGACCAAAACGACUUGAGCGUACUGGACAUUAUGAAAAAUGUACCAGACAACUCAACCCAGAACCAGAAAUUCAAAGGUCGAGUGUCCAGUUUCCCGGAGUUCUACAAGAAAGGGAACUUCUCCAUCAUCAUGAAGAACGUCCAGCAGUCGGACAGCGGCCCGUAUGAGUGCCACAUCCCAAAGGUGGACUUCCAGCUGCAUAUCUCCCUCAGCGUCUCAGAUAAACGUGUUGAAGCAGCGACUCCUCCUCCUGGACCAUCAGAUGGCGCUGCGGUAACACCGAACAUGGUUCUGCUGUUACUUCCUCUGUCUUUGUUGUUAAGUUCUUUUCACUAGGAAGGUGUUAGAGCUUAAACGCAGCUUACACUAAAGCUAAAGUUCUGGCAGCUUUGAGGAAAGAAACUGAAGAAGAGUUCAAUUCUAAAAGGAAAAACUAGCUUUAAUUUCAUAACUGAAACACACUUAAAGUCUCAGCGCUGCUUUAGAAAGUUCCAACAUUUAAUGUUCAACUGUUGACAGUGUGAGCUUAUAUUAUACAGUUUACAGUUAAUAAUCUUAUAAUGUUACCUAAUAACGUUGUUAAUGUUACUACUACUGUUGACUGCUGCCCCCUCUGGGACGGUGUUAAUAACCAGCUGACUCUCCUCACUGCAGCCAUUAGUAACCUCCUCCUCUUUUCAUUUCAGUCGCUGCACUCUCACUGUUCUGUUACCACAGUUUACUGUCGCCUUCCUGCUGUGAACGACGACUUCUAAUUAUAUUUUUAUUUAGAGUUAAAGCCUCUUAAAACCCGUCAGAAACAAAAGACAGAUUUAAUGAAACCACAAGACGUCAGAUCCUUCAGAAAGCCAAACAUCAUGAUACCUUGUGUGGAGUAAAAGUAAAGAGAAUAUAUCUGGUUGUGGUAAAAAAAAGUCUGAUCAGUUUAUUAGGAACCCCGAGCUAAAGCGGAUGCAGUCUAAACAACAACUCUGCAGUCAAUCGACUGUAGGAUCCUUUUGGAGUUUGUAGGACUUUAUACUGCAUCACUUUGAGCUUCAUGUACCUGAACUAAACUGAUCGUACACCGAUCAGCCUCCUGACUUAAUAACUGACCGUCACAGAUUCACGUGUUCCUGCUCUGUCAUCAGGUAUUUUGACUUCCUGAAGGAUCAUUCGGUGGUGUUACAAAACAUGCAGCUGUUUGCACUUCUCUUAUCGUCCAAUGAGAGUUCGAUGUGGAGGAACGCUGCGUUUCUGUGCAGUCGUGCAGCUUAAACUCUCUGCAGUCAGCAAAAUCAUUUCCAUUGGCUGUUUUGUCAAAAUUGAUUUAUUAUUUUCCCUGUUGUUUACAAACAUCGGAGCUCCUGAACGCAGCUGAAUGAAGCUCUGCUGUCAGGCGUUCACUUCAGCACCUGAAUGCACCACCAGGACACCAUUUUAACAGUUUAUUUAUAUAUUUAUUAUUAUUAUAAUUUGAUUCUAAAACAAACUGAAACCAACUGAAGGUAAAAGACGUUUGGUGGCUGUCAAAGCACCUGGUCUGAUCUGAAAUGUUUGAAAAACAAAAGAAGCAAAUGAGUGAAAUUAUAUUAAAGAACAGGAAUUGACAUUAAUUUAAAGCUGCAGGUAUUUGGGCAGUUUAUGUAGAUGCUGAUUGGCCGGAUAGCUGCUGACAUCACACUGUUCCUGUGGCGAUGGUUCAUUUCAGAGCAGAACUCCUGUUACUGGUUAAUUAUUAUUUUCCACACAAGUGAAGUUUCUAAUGAAGAACGAAGCUACUUGGUUUGGAUGCUGACGUGGAAACGUUAUUUGAAUAACGAGCUGUUUGGAUGAUAUUUAUAUUUUUUUACGUUUAUUUAUAAAUCUGCAAAAAACAAACCAAAGAAAAACAUUUUGAAGUGAAAACAUGUCAGAUUAGUUUGAAAACUUAAAAUAAGCUUUGAUGAUAAAAAUGUAGGAAAAAUAUUUAUCUCAGUCAAUUAACAGGAAGGAUUUUUAUUUAUAUUACAAUAUUGUAGAAAAAGUAAAAUAUCUAACUUCGCAUCAGUAGCAGCUUUUUUCUGUUAAGUCAUGAGACUAUAUUUCUUCAGUGUAGUAUUUGUGUUGGAUUAAUAAAUUGCUUAUUAAUGUAAUAACAAUGUAUUUUUAGCUUUGCUAUUUUUGCUGAAACAUGUUGAAACAUGAAACUGCAGCAGUUACAUAUUUAAAACUACACAUUUCAUCUUGGUCCAAAUCAUUUCUGUCUAAUUUUGCUGUAAAACAAGAAGUUAAUUUAUUUCCUGUCUCGUAGUGGAUUGUGUCUGUUUAUAACCACAUUUCUGAGCUGAGGCUAACGUUACAUGUGCUAUAUAAAGCUAAUCAGAGGCGUCAGUCAUGCUGCUGUGUGCGCUUUAGAGCCCUGUUGCAUUGUGGGAAAUGUAGGAUCUGGUUUUUGUGGAGUUUAGUGAUAAGCAGCCUCAUAGUAUGUUAUUGUUAUUUAAUGUUGCUGAUUUUGCUCAGUGCUGUUUGAGUGUAUCACCAGAAGACAAAGAAGAAGUUUCCCACAUUUAGUUACAGCUGCAGGAUAUUUGUCAGGUUGAUAUCUCGACUGAAGAUGUAAAGAUGAAGGAUGUCAAAUGUCUUUCUGUGAUUGGACGGUCCAAAACAUUUCUGUUGUAGACUGAUGUGUGUAAACAGCCUCGUGUUGCAGCUGCAGACUGAAGUUUGUUUUAUUCUGAAAUUAAAGGUCAAGUUUAAGAAAA